GUAGCUGCUAAUGUGUAUCGGGCCCUACUGCUUCGUUUAGAGCAGCAACUGGGAUCCCAGCACCCUGCUCAUCAAAACUGAGGGGGGAGAGGUUAUUUUGGCUUGUUAAAUCCCAGUUGUUCAGAAGGUGGGAGGCGCAGGGGAUCAGGCUGGGAGCUCAGCCAGGAAUAGAAGGAGAGGGAUUGUAGCUGGAGACUAGGAAGCAGAGUAACUGGGCCGUUCAAGUGUCGCAGGGCAGAGAACAGCUGGAGGCUUGUGCUGGAAGGGGGGAAGCUGCUUCCCAGCUGAGAGCUGCCGCAGGGAAGUGACCAGGAGGAGUAGGGGGCUGCGGCACCAGCCAGGCCAGGCCGCCCUGGGAGAGGCUCGCCAUGGCCUCUGCGAAGGGGGAGCGCGCCGAGGAGCUUCCCCCCGACGGCACGUGCGAUGUCUGCGAGCCCGAUGAAGCCGAGAGCGCGGUGGGGGUGUGCGAGGAGUGCGGCUUCUCCUUCUGCCAGCCCCACGCUAAGGAGCAUGGCCAGAAGUACGCGGCCCACCACCUGCGGGGCCCUGCCUCGGGCCGCGACGAGGCGGGGGAGGGCGAGGAGGCGGGGGAAGAGGCGCCCAAGCUGGAGCGGAAGAAGUGCGAGGAGCACGGGCAGGAGCUGAGCCUGUACUGCAAGGAGCACGAGAAGAUCAUCUGCGUGCUGUGCGCCGUCACCGGCACCCACCGGCAGCACCAGCUCAUCACCCUGGAUGAAGCCUACCAGACCAUGAGGAAUAGAGAACCCGUUGACCUGAAGGUGGCCAUGCUGGAGAUGGUGGAAAGGUUAAAGUUCAAGUGUGCAGACCCUAAAGUGACUCGGAGUGAGAUGAAACUGUGUGUUCAGCAAGAGUUUGACACUGUACGGCGGCUGGUCUGUGAGGAGGAACGGAAAGCUCUCCACCUAGUGGACCUCCAGGAAGCGGUGGCCACUGCUCAUGUGACAGAGGUGCUGGCGGAAAUCAACGUCCACAUGGCAAAGCUGAUGACUGAGAUGGCAGAGAUCAGAAGGCAGCUGAACACCUUCAAUGAGUUAGCCCUGCUCAAGCCUGAGAGCAACGAUGAGGAACCCAGAGCUAAUCCUUUCCCUCCUGCCUCUCCUUCCCGAGGGAACAGGCGAUAUGAUGACAAGGACCCAUCAUCAGCUAACGGGCCCUGCUGAGACAAGACGGGUUUGGCUGCAGUGGAGACGUUACAGAAGGAUCCUCUCCACACAGACUCCAUGUGAUGAUGAGAAUGCAGGAAGAGUGUCUUAAGUCACACAACUGCAGCACAAGCAGCAGCAACUGUUUCCUCCCUUUACUUUGCUGUGUCUAUGGAUCUCCUAGAUAAAAAUGUGAUCCUUCCCCACACCUGUCCUUUGGGAACACACUUACUGUCACGCCUAGCAACAUAUUUGCCAAUCCGCCUUUUCUUAGGAGGACAAAUAUCCUGCAAAGAUAUGACGCUGGGCUUUGAAAAUGUGGAGCCAGUAAUUAAAAUGAAGAAUGCAGUACAGUAGAAAGUAGAAAUGAGAGUCUAAAAGCCACAGUGGUGUUUUUACUGAUGGGGGUUAUUGAAGACUUCAGUUUAAUAAUUCAGUGCAGCUAAGAUUAAUAAAUGGUAUGAGGUGGAAAUGGUCUUUCAAGAAGAAGGAUUGGAGUGGUAUGUUAACUGUUUAAUUUAGUGUGUUCUGAAAAAUGCUGUAUGAAACACUGUAUAAUAACUGGGCACAGUCCUAAGGUUUCUCAGCCUUGUAGUGGGGAGAAUGUGUAUCAUGAAUGACGUUUAUGCCUCAUGAGUGAGGCUGUCUGAGCACAAGCUAGAGAGUCACGAAUGCCAGCUCUGACACUGGCUUCCCGUAGGGCUUCCUGCAAGUCUCUUCAUCUCUCUAUCUGUAGCAUGGCAUUGACUUUCAUUUUCCAGGACAGAGGGCUGCCACAGGGAACUCCCAUAAAGCGCUCAUCUUCAGGUUUCCCACUUGUAGCAAGUCACAGCCCCUGAGCACUUGAUAUAUUGUCAUUCCCUGCCACCCCUAUCUUAGCCUCUUUGCUCCACCUGUCUGUAAUGUCAGUGAAUUCCAGUCCUGCUUAAUGAAAGGGCUUCAGGAAACGUAGGGUAAGAAGUUAGAUGGGGGUCUAUGCAGCUUAGAGGCUCAUUCUGCCACCACAUACUACAGGUCAUUGGCCCAGAUCUACAAAGGGACCUAGGUGCCUAAAUACUUAUUCAUUAGGCCAGAGAGAGAAAAAUGACAGUCGCCUGGUGGAUACGGGUAUCCAACAGGGUGGUGGGAGACCCAGAGUCCAGUCCCCCUGCUCCAGUGAACUUUUAACUUACCCAAAGUGGAACAGCUUCAACAGGAGAGAUUACAGGAGCCCCUGCCCUCCCCAUUAGAAUAUCCCAUAGCUCAGUAGUUAGAGCACUCUCCCGAGAAGUGCUUGUCCCUGUUCAAAUCUUUUCACUCCCUCAGGCCAAGGAGGAAAUCGAACCUGGCUCUCCCACAUUGCAUCUAACCAUUGGGCUAAAUGUUAUAAGGGAGCUGCAUGCCUUGGGAACAAUGAAACUGUCAUCCAGUAUGGGGAGGCUCAUGAGAAUAGUGACUAGACCCUUCUGAGGAGCUGUGAGCUCACUCCUGUGAAAGAUAAGAAUGCCUAAAAGCCAUGCCUUAUUCAGGCCUCUGAUUCAUCGAGGUACUUUUAAGCAGUGAGCGGUCCCUUGACUUCCUCCUCCUCCUCCACUGUUCUCCCAUUCCUCAUUCCAAAUGUCUCCUGGCCAGUGUUAAAUUGAUUGAUUGAUUACCUUGCUACUCUAGAGAAGAUUUGGGGAAAAUCUUAUUUCCUGGCCAUACUUAAGAUCUUUUUAUAUACUACAGCCAUACUGCUGGGGGUACAAGUGAUCUAAUGAAUUUACUGUCAGGGAUGUGGGAUGUCAUAAUAUGCAUGCACAUGUUACCCUGGCCUUCUCAAACAUGUGCCCAUAUAUUCUCCAGGUACCUCUUGCACUAUCAUACAUUUAGUUUAUGCCGCUCAGUUUGUUUAGUUUUGACUUAAAUAUAAACAAACCAAUAAAACCUCUGCUUUCUUUUUCCCAUUUGAUCAUUAAUUAUUAUUGAAGAACUGGGCCAAAUUCACUACUGAUGUAAACCGAUCCAAUUCCAUUGAAGCCAGUGGAGUAAUCCUGCUUACAGUAGUGGUCAGUUGGGCUCCAUGAGUUCAAUGGUGUAGAUGGAAUUAAUGACUUCCUAAGGUGCAGUAUAAUGUGUCAGUUUCUAGAAUAGCUUGAAAUUGAAUAUCAAGCUUUGGGAAACAGAUGGGUUACUGGUAGGUAUACAUAUAGCAACAUCAAUGGAACCAGGCAUGUGCAUAAGGGAAGCAAAUGUGGCCCUGAAUCUCUAAACAACAGAAUCCAUCCAGUAAACAGGAUUGUCACAAAUCUCAGAAUUUCACAGGAUUGUUUUUAUUAUGAUUAUUAUUUUUUUAAACAGCUCCCACGGGGAGGUUUUUUUUUCCUCUUCAGCAGCACAGGGUUUUGCAGGCUACACCAUUUAGAUAGAAUUCAAGCGGAAAAGAUACUUGAAUCUCUGAGUGAAACGAAUUUUUACUUCCUAAAAUUUUUUUUUAAAUUUGCAUAAAAAUGAAGACCAUCAUCCAGAAACCUGUUAUACAAAACUCAAUAAUCUAGACAGAAAGAGGCACUGCAAUAUAUUUUUGGAAAGGUUUCUGAUCUCUUUUGCAGUCGCAUGCUGUCUAGGACACCUGGUAAAAACUUGAAGAGGGGAGAGCAUUAAAUACAGAGCAAUGGCUUGUACAGAAUGGCCCAUGAUUUCUGUUUUAUGCAUUUGAUCAAUUUAAAUCCUGUGAUAUUUCCCAUGAUUGCUCCAGCAGCUUUCCAUAAGCUACACAGUGCCAUAUUAGUCCUUCAGCAUAAGAAUUACAUUGUUCCCAUUUUGUUCUUAAGCCAUACUGUGGAAGUGCAGAUGUAUUAUUCAGAUUGGAUUGAAUUAUGUUUUGAUUUGACAUGUGCUGCAGUGCUCACAGAAAUACCAAGUAAGCCUUUAUCAGGGGAGCAGGUAACAGCUUCUGUAAUGAAUCAGGAGCUGAAUAAAGGUGACUGGUUGCUAUCCAAACAGAAGAAAAAGUUCCUUUUUAGCAUGGCUCAUUAAAAUGAUGGUGCACCCAAGUGGGUAAUAGCAGCAGAAGAGAAAUCCUGUAGGUAUCAGGGCAUUAAUACAACUACAUUGGAAAGGAAUAGCUGAAAAGACAUUUAAUUCCCAUUGCUUUGCUCCCCACACUCCCUGUGUUUUAAACAAGUGCCUCUGCCACUGGGUUGCAAAGAUGGACAAAUCAAAGUACUUUAUGGACAUAAAUUAAUCUCAAAACUACAUUUAUCUCACAACCUCCCUGUAAGAUAAAUUAUUGUUAUCCUUAUUCGACAGGUCAGAAAACUGAAGCAUUAAACAGCUAAGUGACUUGGCCAAGGUCCCUCAGUGACAGAGGGGGGAAUAAAACCCAAAGCUCCUGACUGUCUAGUUUUCUAACCACUACCCAACAAGAUCAUUCUUGUGUGAUUCUCUUCCCUGCAGUUUGCAUUAAUAGGAACCUUGCUGUAUCCUGCCCUGAAUGUGUAGUAGUUAAUGUCUGAUGCAGUGUUUAGAACAAACACACAGCAUCUAGGCCAAAGGAUUAAAAAUAUUAAACUCAUGGACAUACUGGAAACUCAGCUGAUGUUAGUAUGAAGCAUCUUUGGCCGUCCAGAUAGUGCUGUAUAUUUUUACAUAGACAUUAGGCUUGUACCAUUGCAGCCUUAAAUAUAGUUGCAGGUAUUUUUCUCCAACCAAGGAAAGCCUGGCUCCUAUUUUUGCCAUUUAUGCUAAAAUGCAUAACGCUAAAAGACACUCCCGUCAAUAAGGCUGCUUAUAUAAAAUUCCCUUUGCUGCAGUUCCGGCAACAGAACCAUUGCAUUAUAAUAGAGGUUUCAACUCCCAUGCUGCAAAUAUUGCACAGCUUUUGGACAAAUCUGUCUUCCUCAUUUAGCUUUGGCUCCUACGAAGGAGGAUGAUUGGAAUGCCAAUUAAUCUCCAUAAAAGCCACAAAUCAAGCCCCGUCAUAACUAAAGAGUGCUCAAUGUGGUGUCAUCAUUACUUACCUCUGGGUGAACAUGAGAAGUGGGGCACUCAAUCCGGGCCUAAUUGCAAGUGUCACAAAUUACUUGUAGUUGAGAGAUUAGCUCAUUAGUUGAGGGCCUUUUGCACUGGGAGCCCCAGAAAUUCUGAUGCUAUGUGGCACUGCAGGAAUGGAGUGAGAAGAAAACAUGCUUCUGAAGCACCCAAAAUCACAAACAGUAGGAUCUCUCUUCAGGUCUUGCUGUGCCACUCUGAUGAUUAGCUAAAAGAGGAGAGGAUUCCCUGGGUAGAGCCUUCUCUACUACAAUCCAUAUCCCACCAUCUAUCUUUAUUUAGGCCCUGAUUCUGCAACGCUCUUAAGCCUAUGCUUAACCUCAAGUAUAUGCUUAAGUCCCAUUGAAGCUAAUCAUGUGUUUAAGUGCUUUAUGUAGAAACUACCACUGAUUAAUAACUACUCUUGUUCAGUUGCCAAAUGUUCAUCACACAAGCCACAGGGGAAAGCUAUUACACAUGACUGCCUCAGGGCUUCUUGAAAAUUAAUACAAUUUGCAGUUUCUCAAUGAAAAAUGGCAUGGCUAUUUUUUUUUCUCUUUCCAGAUCUUUGAUCAGUCAAAUCAGUUUCCACUCAUUUACUUUUGAGGAGGAGGCAUGCUUUGAGUAUGCACCUGGAAGUCAGGACUUUGAGUUCUAAUUCCAACUCCGGCCUUAGGCAUGGCAUGUAACCACUCAGUGCCUCAAUUUCCCCAUUUGAAAAAUGGGGUUAAUGAUAAAAGGGUGUGGUGGUAAAUUCUGUUCAAGUGCUUUCAAGAUGGAUAACUAUGUAAAUGUUUGGUUUGCUUUUUGCUAUCUAAGUCUUUUCCUUUCUUCAGUCUCUUUAGACAAAAAUCAUACAUGCCUCAGGCUCCACAGAGUAAAGCUAAUUUUUUCAUAACAUGAUUGUUUUAAAAUCCUAAUCUAUGCCCAAUGGCUCUUAUUUUAAUAUAGUCCCAGGUUAAUUGGACUGGAACAUAUGUAUAUUUGCCAACAAAGUAUAUCUAAAAUGUUCUCUCGUUAGUUAUUGAGAAAAUAAUCUGCAAACAGUCAUAACUAUGGUCCUUGUCCUACAAUCUGUUCUGUACAGGUGGACCUCGGUUCCCAUGCUGACCCCUGUUGAUGCACAUGCACAAGCAGGGAUUCACACUAUUUGAUCCAUUUGCAGGACUGGGCCCAAAUUGUGAAGUCCUUCCUUGCUUUUCUGUCCUUUUUCAGGCAAACAUUAUUAAAGGGAAUUUGCCUGAAGCAAGGCUACAUGUCAGGGUGAGGAUUUCAGGACUUUGACCCUUGGUGAGGGCAGAUAGGUGCCUCAAUGGGAGUUAAUCACCUAGGUGCUUUUGAAAAUCCCACAAGGCACGUAAUAGUUAAUGGAGAUAUCCUAUCUCCUAGAGCUGGAAGGGACCUUAAAGGUCAUCAAGUCCAGUCCCCUGCCUUCACUAGCAGGACCAAGUACUGAUUUUGCCCCAGAUCCCUAAGUGGCCCUCUCAAGGAUUGAACUCACAACCCUGGAUUUAGCAGGCCAGUGCUCAAACUUCUGAGCUAUCCCUCCCACUACACCUUUAUGUUCCUAAAUGCCUUUAAAAAUCUGGCCCCUACUCAACUCACAUAUACAGUGCUCAUUGGGGGGGGGGGGAGAUAAUUACAUCCACACAGAGGGUCAGAAGGCACCUAUUUGCAUUUUUAGGCACCUAACACCUGUUGGUUUCAGUAGGCAUUAAGUACCUAAAUACCUUUCAGGAUUUGAGUCUUAAAUACCUUUGGAAAUCUGGCUCUACGUCCCUUCUGUGUCAGGUUGGGCUGUUAGACCUUGUUUACUUGAAAUAUUUAAAACAACCCUCUUUAAAAACAACACCAUUUGUAGUAUUAUAUUUCAAUUACAAAGCUUGUUAAAAGGGGGAAGGAUCUGUAUCUCCAAACUGGAAAACCAGACAGUGUCACAUUGGUUUGAUUUUUGUUUUCAGGAGAAUGCAAACAUUACUUUAAUGUAAAGGACAAAUCAAAUCCCAUGAGGUAUUAUCGACAUCAGCACUAUCACAAGGGAAACCAUGCAGACUCUGUUUUAGCUUAGGAUGAGCUUUGUAAUAUACAUAAUUCUUAAUAAACUGGAAAUAUUGCUUUUUUUGCA